CUAGCGUGUUUCCUGUGCUAGGACCCAGAGGUCGCCAGAGCUUGUUCAUGCUGGCAUAGUUUAGGGUGAUGUAGUUUGGCGUUAAAAUCGUUUUAAAUUUUAUCCAUCUUGUGAGAUAACCACUCGAAAAUGGUGCAGAAGAAGCCAAAGAAAAAAGUAGGAAAGAAGGUUGCUGCAGCACCUUUGGCAGUGAAGAAGUCUGAACCAAAGAAGGUUGUCAAUCCACUGUUUGAGAAAAGACCAAGAAACUUUGGCAUUGGUCAGGAUAUCCAGCCAUCUCGAGAUUUAAGUCGAUUUGUAAAAUGGCCAAAGUAUAUCAGAAUUCAGCGCCAGAAGGCUGUACUGCAGAAACGUCUGAAAGUACCACCCCCAAUCAACCAGUUCACCUCAACAGUUGACAAACAAACUGCUCAAGCUCUAUUCAAAAUACUGGAGAAGUAUCGUCCAGAGACUCCAUAUGCCAAGAAGGCCAGGCUACGAGCACGUGCUGAAGCAAAAGCUGCAAAGAAAGAGGAAGCACCCACAAAAAGACCCAAUGUUUUGCGUCAAGGCAGCAACUGCGUUACUAAGUUGGUAGAGCAGAAGAAGGCUCAGCUGGUUGUCAUAGCACAUGAUGUUGACCCAAUUGAGCUGGUAUUAUUCUUACCAGCCCUUUGUCGCAAGAUGGGCGUUCCCUACUGCAUAGUGAAAGGCAAGGCUCGUCUUGGGACACUGGCCAGAAGGAAGACAUGCACAUGUGUUGCAGUAACCCAGGUGGAUUCUGGUGAUCGUGCAGCCUUCACAAAGGUGGUAGAAGCAAUUAAGACCAAUUUCAAUGAUCGCUUUGAAGAAAUCAAGCGGCAUUGGGGCGGUGGUGUUUUGGGCUCCAAAUCUGCAGCAAGAAUUGCAAAGAUUGAAAAGGCUAAGGCAAGAGAACUUGCACAGAAACAGGGUUGAAUAUCAUGUACAGAGUUACAUAAAUAAAUGUGUGAACAUGCA